AUGAGUGUGCAAAUUCCCUGGCGGUACUGCAUAUCCCACCGCAGCACCAGCCUGAUCGCAAUCAAACCAUCCAUCCUACAAUCUCACACCUCCUACGCCGCACUCACCACGCAUCAAUGGCGAGCAGCUCACAACCAAGUGAAGCCACGUCGUGACACCGCACCCCCGAAAAGCCCACUACUCAAUCCUCCAGCCUCGACUCGACCGCCGGCACUAGAAGUCCAGCCACGAGCGGCAUUCGAUUCCACAUUCCAAUACCUCUUCCAGCUCGGAAAGGGAUAUCUACGAUUCUACAAGGAUGGCUUGAAGGCUGUGCUCGCGAACCGGAGACUCCUCAAGGAGAAGCUGGAGCGGACGCCAGCGCAGGACCGACCCUCGGUAUUCAAACCACACUACGUUCCCAAGACCUUCUCCCGCGCAGACUGGGUUCUCCUAUGGCGCGUGCGACAUGACAUGUUGCGGCUGCCGCUAUUCGGACUCAUGCUGAUUGUCAUUGGGGAAUUCACCGCCCUGGCAGUCAUCUACGUGGACGGCGUGGUGCCAUAUACGUGCCGCAUCCCCAAGCAGCUCUACUCGGGCCUGCAAAAGGCAGAGCAGCGUCGGAAAACAGCCUUUGACGACCUGGAGGCACAGUACCCGCACGGCGUGUUAAGUCCUCGUUUCAGCCCGUCCGUAGCGAGGAAACACGUUCUCAAGAGCUUACAUCUCUCGGGGAUGAUGUGGGAUCGGUUGGGCUUCACGCCCCCCGGCAUGUGGCAGGUCAAGGGCAGACUACGAAUGGCGUUCCUGGAAGGCGACGAUAAGAAUCUGAUAGAGGACGGUGGCCCGAUGGGCUUGGAGGCGGAGGAGCUGCGUAUCGCGUGCGCAGAGCGAGGUAUAGAUGUUUUGGGGAAGAGCGAGACGGAGCUGAGGAGCUGGUUGGGGGAUUGGUUGCGGUUGACGGCUGCGGAGGAUAUCUCUGAGCGGAGACGACGUAUGGCUACGUUGUUACUAACGCGGUGA